UAGAAACAUAAAAUAAUAAGUUAUGAGAAGAUUGAUCAAAUAUUCAAAUGUGGGAUUAUUCUCCCUUGUUCUUGUUAGUUUUUCCAUAAAAAAAAUUGAGGGAUUCAACGGAAUGGAUUUAUGGAUUAUAGGUUCAAAAUUCACUCAAGAUGUACUUCGUCUACGGUAUGAUAUCGAGCGAUAUAAUCUUAGCUGAUAUCGCCAAUUCGAGGUGGGUUAACUCGACAUGUUUCAGAACUCAGUCAUGACAAACGCUGAGCACUGAAUGAUUGGUGAUGGAGCCCUCAAAAAUUUGUUUCGAAUUCAGCCCAUUCAAUUGCACGUUCUGUAACAGUUCUUCUUUAUCUUUAUUAUAUGAUGAUGAUGAACAAAACGACGAUCGACGCCAACCACCAGGUAGAGCCAUUGGCCAUUCACUGACACACACUCCGUAACCGCAAACAGUCCACUCUUCCAUGCAUUUCCUGUAGCGUCUCUGCUCGUCGAGUGAGUGGAGCGUCGCCGGCGAUGGAUAACGUCGGCCAGUCAACGAGGUGGGGGUUCAGAAGGAACGAAGAGCUCUUAGUAGCCUCCGCAAUCAGCAUAAGAGGAAUUCUUGGCACUGUGAUGAAAAACCUCAACCCGGAUGACCCGAGACCCGUCAUCCCGCUCGGCCACGGCGACCCUUCUGCCUUCGCCUGCUUCCGGACACCACCCGAGGCUGAAUCCGCCAUCUCCAGCUCCCUUGUUUCCGCUAAGUUCAACGGAUAUGCCCCUUCCACCGGCCUUAUUCCCGCUAGACAGGCAGUAGCUGAGUACCUUUCUCAAGAUCUCCCAUAUGAGCUAUCACCUGAUGAUGUUUACCUUACCCUUGGAUGCACGCAAGCAAUAGAAGUCCUUCUUACCGUUCUUGCUCGCCCCAAUGCUAACAUUCUACUUCCGAGGCCAGGAUUCCCUUUCUACGAAGCUAGGGCAGCCUGCACCAACUUUGAAGUCCGCCACUUUGAUCUUCUUCCAGGUAAUGAAUGGGAAGCUGAUCUUAAUGCUGUUGAGGCUUUAGCGGAUGAAAAUACUGUUGCAAUGGUCAUUAUAAACCCUGGUAAUCCAUGUGGGAAUGUCUUCAAACACCAACAUCUAAAGAAGAUUGCAAAGACUGCACAAAAGCUCGGGAUUCUUGUAAUUGCUGAUGAAGUGUAUGACCAUCUUACUUUUGGAGAUACCCCUUUUGUACCUAUGGGAGUUUUUGGUUCAAUUGUUCCUGUUAUUACUGUUGGAUCAAUAUCAAAGAGGUGGAUUGUUCCUGGUUGGAGACUUGGGUGGCUUGUCACUAAUGAUACCAACGGGAUUCUUAAAGAACAAGGGGUUAUAGAUUGCAUCACAGGUUUCCUCAGUAUUUCGUCUGACCCUGCAACCUUUAUCCAGGGAGCUAUCCCUGAUAUUAUUCGAAAUACCAAACCAACUUUUUUCUCUAAAAUUGUAAAUAUAUUAAGAGAAGCAGCAGACAUCUGUUAUGACAAACUGAAGGAGAUCCCAUGCAUCACCUGCCCAAGCAAACCUGAAGGUUCUAUGUUUGUAAUGGUAAAACUUAAUUUGGAUCUCUUGGAAGACAUUUUAGAUGAUAUGGAGUUCUGUCUCAAGCUGGCUAAGGAGGAAUCAGUGAUAAUUUUGCCAGGAUUUGGGGUGGGACUCAAGAAUUGGCUCCGAAUAACUUUUGCAAUUGAGCCAUCAACCCUUGAUGAUGGACUUGGAAGGCUCAAGGCUUUUUGUCUAAGGCAUGCCAAGAAAUAGUAUGCUAUCAGGCAGGAUAUUAUCUUCAAAUGAAUAAUUCUAUUAAGUGUUGGUGAUGUGGUGUCUAACUUCUUGUUGGAUGUCAACCAUUGGAAGGACAAUGAAAUGCUUGUGUGUUCUAUUGCUUGUUUUUUGAAAUAUAAAGCGUCAUGUCAUUUCUAGAUUUGUAUAAUCACUUGUACAAAUAAUAAGUGCUUCGGCUUGUUAAAGCACAUGCUAUGAAAGUGAUCAUUCAAUUGAUUAUCAGCUGCAAAUUCUUUGGUGGAUUCAUUGUUUCUUGCUAUGAAU